CACCAAUUACUAUGUAAACAGCAAACACGGAAUGGCUAGUCAAUGUAUAUUCUGCAAAAUUGCUCUAGGGGUCGACGAAAAGACAAAAUUGACGUAUGAGGAUGAGGAGUUUGUCGUAUUUCCAGACAUUCGUCCAGCAACGAAACACCACUACCUGAUCUGCCCGAAAAAUCACAUCCGCGACCCAAAGUUGCUCACCAGAGAAAAUGUACCAUUGGUGGAACGGAUGUUGGCGGUGGCGGAGAAGGUGCUAGAGCAGCAGGGAUGCAGCAAGGAGAGCAAGAACCGCAGGAUGGGUUUUCACUGGCCUCCGUUUAACGUUGUCCAGCACCUGCAUCUGCACGUGAUCGUCCCGGCAACCGAGAUGAGUUGGCUGUCCAGUCUUAUCUACCGCCCAAACUCCUGGUGGUUUGCGACGAGCGACUGGCUGCUUGAACACUUGCGAAAUUUGCCCGAGCCAGAGCGAACAACGUACGAUAUCGUUCCGCCACCAGGUGCCAGCACCGGUUAGAGACAGUCGUCGAGGCGUGUGUAAUUUAGAAAUGUUAGGGCUGUUUGAAGUGGAUUACAAUUUAAAAAGCAAUCAAUGUGAUUACGUUAUGCUGCGUAGCAAUGCUGAAAUUCGUUGAGAUGGCAAUUGUGUUCAUAUUGUGAUGUUCUUUUAUUUUGUAAUUGGAUUCUAUGCAUAUAAAUAAUAUAUAAUUUGUAAUUAUUGUUGAAAUAGAAUGUAAAGUAAACAUAAAGAUUAAAUUUGUCUAGUACAGCUGUAGUAGUUGUUCAUAAUAGAUAUUUUGUUAUGAUUUUUAAUCAUAUAAUUUAUUACACAGCAAGUGAUAGGGUCAGCUGUCAAACAAAUUAAAGUUGCACCGCCUAUAAUACAUAAUAGCUUUAACAUUAAAAUAGCAUGGAUGCCAUCUGGCGUAACAAUAGCACCCGGCAGAUAGGUGCGAUAUUAUAUGACUACUAGGCACUUA